GAACAAAUGAGCCCUCUUGUAUGGAAAGUUGAGUCCACACUGCAGAGAAGAAGACAGUUUCUUUCCCCAUCUCUCUUCUCUUCCUUCUGAUCUCACCUUCCUCCCUUCACUCUCACAAUUUCUUGAGCUCUGCAAUGAAAUCAGCCAUGAAAUCAGCUCAGCUCCUCUCUUCACAGACCUCCAUACUCCUCUUCUUCUCCUCCUCCUCCUCCUCUCCACAAUGAGCUCCCUCAUAGAUCUCAACCUCCUUCCUGACCCCCCCAUCACCCCCACCACCUCCUCCUCCUCCACCACCGCCCUCCUCGCCCCCAAAAUCGAGCCCAAAUCGGAGCCAUUUGACGAGCUCCUCCACACCCACCAGCCGGAAGCAGCCCCUCGUCCUCCUCCUCCGCCGGAAGCUCAACUCCCCCCAUUUUCCAAUCAUGCCCCUAGACCCUCUCAAAAUCCCCAAUUUGCCCCUCAUACCCCCACCCUCUCUGACGCCCCCAAUGCCGACGUCUACGCCGAGUUCCACCGCGUCUCCGAGCUCUUCCGCCAUGCCUUUGCCGCCGCUGAGGCCGAGGCCGAGGCUGCCGGCACCCCCCGAGACGAUGACAACGAUGGUGACGUCACGAUGGACAACCGCCCGGCCAAUGCGAACGCGCUGGCUAUCGUUCCGGCUGAGGCUCCCCUGCCACUGCCCCCGCCGGCUCCUCCGGUGGAGAACAACAACCGGCAGCUCGCCUUAUCCCGGAGCGCGAGCUACCGCAAGUACCGUCGCUCGGCUGAGCUGGUGAGGGUUCUGGACCUCGGGCCUGAGGACGUCGCGUUCUACCGUGAUCAGGUGCGGCGGACGCUCAUGAUCUAUAACGGACUCCGUGUGCUCUCCGGACGGGUCCGGGGCAACUUCACGGCCGCAACCAUGAUGCGGACGCAUGGGCUGUGGAUCAACCGCGACAAGCGCAUUGUGGGCCCCAUACCGGGGAUCCACGUGGGUGACAUCUUCUUCUACCGAAUGGAGCUCUGUGUUAUUGGGCUCCACGGCCAGACCCAGGCUGGGAUUGACUAUGUGACGGCCCGAGAGAGCUCCAAUGGGGAGCCAAUCGCCACCAGCAUUAUCGUAUCGGGCGGGUACGAGGAUGACGAGGAUGCUGGGGAGGUGAUCACAUAUACUGGCCACGGCGGGCAGGAUCGGUUCAACCACCAAUGCGCAAACCAAAAAUUAGAGGGCGGGAACUUAGCCCUAGAGAGAAGUAUGCAUUACGGAAUUGAAGUGAGGGUCAUUAGAGGGAUCAAGUACUAUUCCGCUGGGGUGCACAUGGUCUAUGUGUAUGAUGGGUUGUAUAGGAUUACCAACUGUUGGUUUGAUGUAGGGCGGUCGGGUUUUGGGGUUUACAAGUAUAAGCUGGAGAGAAUGGAUGGGCAGCCUGGGAUGGGCAGCGUGACUCUUAAGCUCGCCAAGAGCCUCAAGACUAGGCCUUUACUGAUCAGACCAGUCGGUUAUUUAUCUCUGGACCUCUCGAGAGGGACCCAGAAUGUUCCGGUGUUUUUGUUCAAUGAUAUAGAUAGAGAUGAUGAGCCCAUGUAUUAUGAGUAUUUACCUAAGACUGUGUUCCCUCCGUUCGUGCACCAACAGAGCAGGAGUGGGACGGGAUGUGUGUGUGAGACGGGUUGUAGGCAGGACUGCUUGUGCAUUGCAAAGAAUGGGGGAACGUUCCCUUAUGAUACGACUGGGCUUCUAGUGAAGGGGAAGCCUGUGGUGUUCGAGUGCGGGCCCCACUGCAUGUGCCCCCCUAACUGUCGGAACCGUGUGGCACAGAGGGGGAUGAAGCUUCGAUUGGAAAUAUUCCGGUCUAGAGAAACAGGAUGGGCUGUGAGGUCCUUGGACCUGAUACAGGCGGGCGCUUUUAUAUGCGAAUAUACAGGGGUUAUUCUCACAAGGGAGCAAGCCCAGAUCUUCUCCAUGAAUGGAGAUAGAUUGGUGUACCCGAAUAGGUUUACCCCUAAAUGGGAGGAGUGGGGAGACUUGUCCAAAGUCUUUCCCGAAUUAGAAUGCCCUGUUUUCCCCACGAUCCCUCCCUUGGAUUUUGCAAUGGAUGUGUCGAAGAUGAGGAAUGUGGCCUGCUAUGUUAGUCAUAGUCAGAGGCCAAACUUAUUGGUGCAGAACGUUCUCUAUGACCACAGCAACAUCUCGUUCCCGCACUUGAUGUUGUUCGCACUAGAGAAUAUUCCCCCACUGACGGAGCUCAGCCUUGACUAUGGUGUGCCCGAUGAUUGGACAGGGAAACCACUCUUAUGUAAUUAACAUGUGUAGUGGUAAAACAAAGAGAAGGUUCUAAUUUGUUGCUUGAUUGCUUAUUUUUGGGGAAGGUGCGGAAUAGUAAUAUUGUGCAGUGCUGUUCGGAGAUUGUGCUUCGAUUAGGUAGGAUUAGGGUUAUGAAGUCUCGGUGACAGGAAUUUAUGGAGGUUCUGCUUGCAGAUAUUCGAUGAAGCAGAAGAGCAUAUUUGAUGUGUUCAAGUUUACAAGCAACUUGACAGAGGAAUUGAUCGCAAAAUCAAUAUCGUCACCUCCCGCGUAUCAGUGACAACAAUUGCUGAAACAAGCAUUGAGUUAAUGCCCUCCAGUUCUCCAAUACGUAUAAGUUACAAAUAAAACUGCCAAAGUCCCCUGCACAGUAACUAAUGCUCGUGCAUUUGACAAGGAAAGAGACCAGCCUGACCCAAUUUUCCCACUCGUAUCCCGAUCUAGCCAUUCCGUUCCGGUAAAAGAUUAGUCAAAUGAUAAUUUCUUCAUGCUUGGACCAAUGGUGAUGUCAUUGUGUUGGUUUCUGGAGAUUC